AUGAGUGCUUAUAGGGGUUAUUUUAUUAUCGUAUGCGGAGUAGGUAUGACCAUCUGGCUUUACUUGUUUCUUGGGUUAACACACCAAGACACAUCACCGGUUUUGGGCAACGAAGAGAUACAACAGAUGUCCUCUGUAAUUUCUUCACUGGAAGUGCGAGUACAACAAGAUACCGAAGAACUUCGACAACUAAAAAGUACCAUACAAGAAAUUGUUAAUGCAAAACUUCCGCCUCGGGAUCGUGAUUCACAACUGCCUUCAAGGCAUUCCCCAUGGCCGGAGCCGAUACCAGUUUUGGUAUUUGCGUGUAACCGUCCAGCUGCAGUAUCCGGGAUUAUCCGAAAGCUGAUAACGUUGCGCCCGUCGAAAGAUCUCUUUCCAAUUAUCGUGAGUCAAGACUGUGACAAUGUACCAGUUCAACGGUCAAUUGCGGAGUUUCGCAACCAAGUAGUUUAUCUCAAGCAUAAGAGCGCCCAACAGGAUAACGUGCAUGUUCCACCAGCACACAAGAAGUACGUCACUUAUUACUAUAUUGCUCGGCAUUACAAAUUAGCUCUGAACCACGUCUUUGGCGUUCUUGACUACAAUACCGUUAUUCUUCUGGAAGAUGAUCUCGACAUUUCUGAUGACUUCUUCGAAUAUUUUUCUGCAACCCGGUACCUGUUAGACAAGGAUCCCCAGCUUUGGUGCGUAUCUGCUUGGAACGAUAAUGGGAAGAGCGGCCUAAUCGAUGAAAGUGCCAAUUCUCUACUUUACCGUAGCGACUUUUUCCCAGGAUUGGGGUGGAUGAUGACAAGCAAAGUGUGGGCGGAAAUCGGACCUAGGUGGCCUGCUGGUUUUUGGGACGAUUGGAUGAGGGAGCCGGAAACUCGCCAAGGGCGACAGUGCAUUCGGCCGGAAAUCAGUCGCACGAAAAUGACUGCAUUUGGAAAGAAGGGCGCAAGCAAAGGGCAGUUUUAUGAAAAACAUGUUGCGAAGGUAAUUUUAAACACCGUUCCUGUUUCGUUUACGUCUACAAAUCUGGAUUACUUGUUGAAUCCAAAAUAUGAUCGUGAAUUUGACCGUAUGGUGUACGAAAAUAGCCCACUCGCAAGCAUCAAUGAUGCAGUUGCCUCUAUAUCUACAGGAACUCACGAUUCUAAGAGCGUAAGGGUUGAAUACAAUGGUAACAUAGACUUCAUUGUUAAAGCAGACAAAUUACACAUCAUGCACGACUUCAAGGCCGGAGUGCCCCGUACUGCAUACAGAGGAAAUUUGUCAAGGAUUAUGACAAACGCUGGGUGGUUCCCCGGAAAUAUGGUGACUGAGGAGUGGUGCUGGUGUUGGGACCUCCUGUUUUGUGCAAUUAAUCUGCAUAGUCAUUUAAAAAGGAUCACGAAAGGAAUUUCAAAGUAUUAUGGAAUUGAAUAUAUCUAA